AAUAUCUCACAUUACAAAACACAGGGAGAAAAAGGAGAAAAGGGAGAUCGUGGAAUGACAACCACGUUGGAUGGAAAUUCUUUCCCUGCCGGUUUUAUAGAGGGCCCACCUGGACCUCCUGGGCCUCCUGGUCCUGCUGGACCUCCAGGAAGAAAGGGUGAUGGAGGUCUAACGGGUCUACCUGGGGAACCAGGAGAGAAAGGUGAUAAGGGUGAUCGCGGAAGGCGUGGCAAGAGGUGCUGUUCCCACCACCAUUGCUCGUGUAAUCCGACUUGUUCGAGGUAAGUGGAAUGUUACAUUUUACAUGUUUUUAAAUUGGUUAGGGUAACUUAUGCAAGAAUUUUAAUGAACUCAUUACAUGUGUAUUUGAUUUUGUUAAAAAUUAUAAUUUAUAAAGUA